UUUAAAAGCCGUAUAUUUUGCGGAUAACACGUUGCACAUGUUAAAAAACACAUGAGCAUAUCAAUAACAAAUUCGAAUGCAACACAUUGCAAAUAACCGGUGAGUGAGCGGGCCAGCCAUGAACUUCUUGAACAGAGAUGAGGUGAUCCCACACCCACUCUCGGGCUGCCCUGGCCAUAUGUGCGCUGUAAGCUCAAGCGAGUCUGCUUCUCGCGUUCAGUCAACGUCUAGUGGAUUGAAACUUGUGCGGAAUGAGUUUGCCGUCGGCUCUGACGGGCCUUGCUCUGACCAGUCUUUAAAGUGUAAGCUGUCGUCUUGAAGUUCUUGGCUCAGACAUAUCAUGGACUUGUUUGAACUGCGCUCUAGGACAUCUGUAUCUUCUUUACUCAGUAGGUGCGCUUGUUGCACGUUUUCUGCCGCUUUUAGCCUUGUUCAGGUUGUAAACACUUCCGGUUAGCAUAAACUUCUUGACUAUGGCCAAAAUUACGUUGCGUGAUGGGGCUUUGCGUGCUUUGAAGUGACUGCGAAACUUCCGCUGAGUGAGCACGAUUGAGUUCGUUUCAAAGUAAAAUUGUACCAUCUUUAUUUUUUCGCUGGUUUCGUAGGGUUUCAUAUUUUCAAGUGCUGGUACUUAUCAGCAUUCAAUUCUAACAAAUCUAAAUAUAUAAUUCAAUAUGCUCUCAAUUCAAAAUACCCUGAUGCUCCGGGCUAAGGCCAUAUAGAGGCUGUGGCAAGGCUGUGGUAUUUUGGUAUUUGCUCCGGGCCUAGCCUUGGCCUAUAUAUGGCCUUGGGGCCUAGACUCCGGGCCUUGAAUCAAGGCCAUUGCUCCGAGACAAAUUUCCGCAAAAUAUUUUUUUAUGCAAAUGCACGUGUUUUUUAUUAAGGAGUUGACACCUCUGCUUUGAAAGAAAAUUCAUUUGUUUUCUUUUCUUUUAGGAUCAAUGAGCAUCAUGGAAAGUAGCGAGGCCAUGGCCCAUUGAGCGAGCAUAGCGCUACAGUGGUAAAAGCUGCAACUCAUUUUGUUUAUCACCGUUUAUUAUAAUUUCUAAGCUUACUAUCCCUCGCCAGAACUAUCAAUAUACUUUAUAAGCUGAGCGGGGAGGUUUCAGAUACGGAAACUGUUUUGCUGCCGAGUCACUUCCUCUAAAGUGAGACAAAGUGGCAAUAAGGAAUCACAAAAAGGUCCCGUGAUCAGAAGCAAUAGGCCGGUGUCGCGCUGGGGAAGAUGGUUUCUUCGCUGUUCUUCCUCGCCGUCUGCUGCAGUCUUUGCGUGUUAGCACGCGGCCAGUCGUCAGCUGACGAAUUUCGCUGUGAGUCAGCUGGCUACCACGAGGACCCCAACAACUGCGCACUGUUCUACCGAUGCAUUUCAUUCUGGGGAGGCAAACAACUCCGGAGAGUAUCGUUUUCCUGCAAGGAACCCACCGUGUAUGACGCCAAUCUCAGUGUUUGCCAGUUUCCAUGGCGACUGAAGCCGCCGUGUGUAAAGAACACGGAUGGAAUCUGGGUGCGGGAGUCGCGGCUACCGACGGUGCUGCCACCUACCGAAGCGCUGCCAAACAUCACGGUGGUCGAGCUGGGGUCGCCCGAUUACGUGCCGUCACCACCGCCCAAAUACCGGGUGGCAGCAGGGAGCCCCUACAACUGCCCUGGCCCGGGCGAGUAUUUCGCUGAUAUACCGGACUCCUGCGUAUUUUACUAUCAGUGCCUCGAGAUAGAACCCGGCGUAUUAAAUGCCGAGCUGCACCGCUGUCGGUCAGGUGAAAUCAUCACAUCCACCAGCGGCGGCUGUAUCAGACCCUUCCCGCUACCGGACUGCGCCGAACUGCCGGAGGAGACCCUCAGAGCCCGCGGCCUGCCGCUAGCUCCGGAGAGUGGGAGCAGACUGGACGAUGAGAGGGAUUUCUACCUGGAGCUGGAGUUUAAGAAGUGAAUGCUGGUCGCGGAAUGGCGGGGAGGUCUUUAGGUCUGUCUCUUCUGAGACAGACUGUUGAUAUGUGAGAUGGUCUUCUUGUCUGAUAUUGUCUGUUAGCCUCUGUCUGUUUUGUGUCUGAGCUGCCUGAGACUGUUGUGCGAAAGUGAUAAUGUAUGUCUCAUUGGAUAAUGACUUAAACCAGUCAUGUUGGGAAAUGAUGGGCUUCGUUUGAGCCAUCGAGGACCUCAAGUAAGGCAUAAUUUUCUCGGGAAAGUUCUUAUCUUUCCCGAGAUGUGAGCUGCUCUAGUGAUUACUAAGCUUGAUAUUAGCCUAAGCUGAGAUAAAGCUUUCAUGAUUGAGCUGGAGCCCUGAAACAGCUGAGGCUGCCUUUGGACAAAUGUUGUACAUAUAAUUGUGCUGCGACGAGUCGAAAGACAUGGUAACUCGCAUCGAGGCGUGAGUUCAGCUAGUUGAAAACAUUACUUUGUGGUUUGAGAUCAAUAAAGUGCGGAAUUUA